UUCCAAGCGAUCAAGUCAUAAUCGGUGAGUAGAGCGUGCAUGUCCCAUUUUGACCGUCUCCCCCAAACAAUACCGCAAUACCGCACCCGACUGCCAAAAACCGAUCGACAAACGACCACCUCAACGAGCCCAAAACGACAUUGAAGACCAUCCGCCGAUCCACCCGGUGACGCACGGCAGCGUCCACACACAUACAUCAAUUCCAGAUCCCGGGGGACGAACGUACGUGGCUGACAUUUUGCCGCGUUUCUACAGCUAUUCAAAAUGGGAAAAGGCAAGCCGAGAGGUCUCAACGCCGCGCGCAAGCUGCGCAACAACCGCCGUGAGCAGCGAUGGGCCGAUCUGUCCUACAAGAAGCGUGCGCUCGGAACUGCCUUCAAGUCUUCGCCCUUCGGUGGUUCUUCCCACGCCAAGGGAAUCGUCCUUGAGAAGGUCGGUGUCGAGGCCAAGCAGCCCAACUCCGCCAUCCGAAAGUGUGUGCGUGUGCAGUUGAUCAAGAACGGAAAGAAGGUCACGGCUUUCGUCCCCAACGACGGUUGCCUGAACUUUGUGGACGAGAACGACGAGGUGCUCCUGGCUGGUUUCGGUCGUAAGGGCAAGGCCAAGGGUGAUAUUCCCGGUGUGCGAUUCAAGGUCGUCAAGGUUUCCGGUGUCGGUCUGCUCGCCCUGUGGAAGGAGAAGAAGGAGAAGCCCCGUUCUUAA